CAAACACGGUGUACAGCAAAUGAUGAUACGCUGUCGUAUGGGGCACUAAAAGAAUAUCUUCUGUACUCUAUCAUCACCUCCCAGCCUCAUCGCGACUGAGGAAGAAGAAAGAAGCUGCACUGGGCUAUGGUACGUAUUCUAAAAAUCAGAGCUUUGUUGAAUGGCAAUUCUAGCAAUGCUUCAUGGAUUCGACCUCUUCUCCAGUCUCCCCACCACUUCGUCGCGGCAGUUUCCCGGCGACCCCCACCACCGCAACGCGCCGCCUCCACAACCCCCCAUCCCUAUACCCAAGUACCCACCUCCUUUAAGAUCACACAAAAACCCACAGAAGAGUAAUCAGGUCCCGGCUUUUAAGACCCGGUUACUGAACUCCCAAUACCCCAAACCCGUUAAUCCCGGCGAAGUCAUCUCAGCCGACGGAGACCGCGCCGUCAUCGUCGGAGAAAAUGGGGUUUCCUACCGUCUCCCUGGGGCUCCAUUCGAGUUCCAGUACAGUUAUUCCGAGACGCCCAAAGCUCAGCCACUGGCAAUUCGGGAACCCGCUUUCUUGCCCUUCGCGCCGCCCACAAUGCCUCGGCCGUGGACCGGAAAAGCUCCGCUCAAGAAGUCUAAGAAGAGAAAGGUUAAGCUUUUUGAACCGUUGGAUCCCAAAGUUGGAAAUGGCGGAAAGCAACAUCACUACCAAAUGUUGAAAGCUUAUGAGCUUGGCAAGUAUGAGGUGAGGCCGAGGAAAGAUGUGAUGGGGCCGCCAUUAACAAAAGACGAAAUAAAGGAGCUUCUAAAACCUCGAGUAUCUAGUAACCGACAGGUCAAUCUUGGGCGGGAUGGAUUAACACAUAAUAUGUUGGAGUUAAUACAUACCCACUGGAGAAGGCAUCCUGUUUGCAAAGUUCGAUGUUUAGGCGUUCCAACUGUUGAUAUGAAGAACCUUUGUCGCUGUAUUGAGGAGAAGACAGGUGGAAAAGUCAUUUGUCGAGUUGGUGGAGUGGUUUAUGUUUUUCGAGGAAGAAACUAUGUUCAUCAUCUCCGUCCAAAGCUACCAGUUAUGCUAUGGAAGCCAGCUGCACCAGUUUAUCCAAAGCUUAUACAGGAUGCUCCGGAAGGGUUAACCAAAGAAGAAGCUGAUGAAUUUCGAGAAAGGGGAAAGAAGUUGCUUCCUAUAUGCAAAUUAGCGAAAAAUGGAGUCUACAAUGAACUUGUGAAUGAUGUAAGGCACGCCUUUGAAGGGUCUCUAUUGGUAAAGAUUGAUUGCAAAGGGUUGGGAGCAAGUGACUAUAAGAAGUUAGGUGCCAAGCUUAAGGAAUUGGUACCUUGUGUGCUAUUAUCAUUUGAUGAAGAACAAGUGCUGAUGUGGAGGGGAAAGGAUUGGAAACCGAGAUACAGAAGUGUUUCCCGGGCUUUUAAAUCCACUGUUGAUAAUACCGACAAUUUCAGAUCAUCAGGCAAUAGGGGUGAAGUGAGCCCGAGAAUGGCAGCGCUUAGACAGAGAGCGGUUGAUUCAGGAAUGGCAUUGGAGCUGAAUGAGAUAAAUCCGGAACCUGAUGAUCUUUUGAAGAGGGUGCAGGAAUUUGAAGCCGCUUCACAACAUGCGUUAGUUCCUGAACAGUUAGAAACCAAAGAUCAUACGUACAAUGAUGAUGAUUACCAUGCUGAUUCCGACAGUGAGGAUCUUAAAAAUGAUGACUCUCUUGGGGCGACAGAAUCUGCAUUUCCAUUUGGGUCUUUACCCAUUGAUUCAUUAGUUAAGCAAUUUUGUGAGGAUGAUGAUGAUGAUGAUGGGCUGAACAUUAGCCAAUGUUGAUAUUUGUUUUGUAUUAUCAGACUAUCAGUUGUCAUCUCCAAGUAUGAGUUAUAGUGUGUGUUUAGAACUACUAUAUUAGUGAUGAAAAUAAAAAAAUCCAUAAUAAACUCAUUUUCUGUUA